AUAUUUCAGUCACAUCUCCAUUUAACACAAAAGCAGUGAAUUGUAAUGACUUCUCCAUAUUCCCAAGCAAAAAAUGAAGAAAACAGUGCUUAAGUAAAAUUCUGAAUUGAAAAACUGUGGAUAGUAAAUAUUAAGGCUCAGCACGGUCUUAGAGCCUAGCACCAUAUAUAAGUCCUGAUGACUUAGCAUGCACUGGAACAAGCAGGAGACAGCAUCUGUGGGACAGAAAGCUCUAGGGAAGAGUUGCUUGGCUUCAGACCAAAAGGCCACGUGCUCAUGAAUGGCGUGGAUUCCCUGGGUGGCACGAAUUAGCUAAGCAUUCAGCUACUAGCCAAAAGGUUGGUGGUUUGAACUCACUCAGAGGCAGAAGAUCUGCUUUUGAAAGGUCACAGCCUUGAAAACCUUGUGGAGCACAGUUCCACUCUGCACACAUGGGGUUGCCAUGAGUCAGAAUCGACUCAACAGCAACCAACAACAGCAUUCAUGGCAUAAAAUCGCCGUUGGUGAUAAUGGAUUUGCUGUAGAACGCUAAGGUAAAGAGCCUGGGGUUCUAACAUCAGGUUAGUCACUCUCGGAUCUCCUAGGUACCUGACUCAUCUCCAGCCCUUGACUAAUGAAAUUUAAAGUACAGUAUUAUAUGGCUUUACAGUUCAAAUUUUAUAUUUGAACACAUUUCAAAUGUUCAAAACUGCACAGAGUAGGUGCUCUGUAAACCAUUAUUAACAGAAAAAUCCUGAAUCUACCUGGAUAUAUUUUCUGCAAUAUGCUGUAAAUCCUGGGUCUCUUCAGGCCAAAGUUUCCUAGAGGUUUUCAAGUGCUCUUGAUGUAUUAUUAAUUUUUCCAGCAUUCUCUGUUAAAUACCUUUCCAGUGUUCCUGAUCAAUGAAUGGGGUCAUGAAAGCAGUAUGUCCCUUAUCACGUCAUUCCCACCAUUAAAAGUUCUUAGGACCUCUCAGCUUGUUUCUGUCACACCUACCAUUGCUUCUUCCCUCUUCAAGCCAAAGAAUUUUUUUUUUUACCUUUUUUUGGUACUUUACAUGGUUCACAGAGCAGAUUAGUUUCUCGUUAAACAAUUACUACACAUUAUUUUGUGACAUUGGUUGCCAACCCCACGUCAUGUCAACACUCUCCCCCACUCGACCUUGAGUUCCCCGUUACCAGCGUUCCUGUCCUCUCCUGCCUUCUUGUCCUUGCCCCUGGGCUGGUGUGCCCAUUUAGUCCCGUUUUGUUUUCUGGGCCUGUCUAAGAAUUUUGUAAGCUGUUCUAUAAUGGAGGAGGAGAGUCUGAAGGUGGUGUUCCCAGUGAAGAGGUUUGUAUGCUGUUGUUGAGAGACCCAUUUAUCCCCGGUUGCGUCCUGGCCAGGCGGCUUCCACCUGCUGGAGGCGGGGCGCGGGCGGAGCUAGGAUGCGGAGGGAGCUGACGCACGGCCACCCAGCUCCCCCGGCUGCCGGCGCGACCCCGACCGAGGCCCAGACCGCAGCAGGCUCCCCGGCCGCCCCUCGGUUAAAAAUGGUCUCCCAAAGGGCAUUUGCCCUGCUAUCUGGCCUACUGUUUUGGUUGGCAUUUGGAUGGACCCCGACAUCUGCUUAUAGUCCUCGGACCCCUGACCGGGUCUCAGAAACAGAUAUCCAGAGGCUGCUCCAUGGUGUUAUGGAGCAAUUGGGCAUUGCCAGGCCACGGGUAGAAUAUCCAGCUCACCAGGCCAUGAAUCUUGUGGGCCCUCAGAGCAUCGAAGGUGGCGCUCAUGAAGGUCUGCAGCACUUGGGCCCUUUUGGCAACAUUCCCAACAUCGUGGCGGAGUUGACUGGUGACAACAUUCCUAAGGACUUCAGUGAGGAUCAGGGCUACCCAGAUCCUCCAAAUCCCUGUCCCGUUGGAAAAACAGUAGAUGAUGAUGGAUGUCUAGAAAACACCCCUGACACAGCUGAGUUCAGUCGAGAAUUCCAGUUGCGGCAGCAUCUCUUUGAUCCGGAGCAUGACUAUCCAGGCCUGGGCAAGUGGAACAAGAAACUCCUUUAUGAGAAGAUGAAAGGAGGACAGAGACGAAGACGGAGGAGUGUCAAUCCGUAUCUGCAAGGACAAAGAUUGGACAAUGUUGUCGCAAAGAAGUCGGUUCCCCACUUUUCAGAUGAGGAUAAGGACCCGGAGUAAAGUGAAGAUGCUGCAUGGAAGCCCCCUCUGCCCCUUCGGCCUCAGUAUUGCUUCUCUGCAUGUGCUAUUAAAGCCCCUGUGAAUGGCAGCAGGUUUCUUCUUUAGAUGAUAAAAGCAGCUGUAUUUUUGAUAUUACCUUGUCAUUGACUUUGAUGGCUCUGCUUUCUGCUAAACUAGGAUAGAAAGCUUUUGCAUGUGUGUGGACCCGCAAUGAACAUUAAAAUGAAAAUGCAUAUGUCAACAGCAUUAAAAAAGCAAGACUGUGAAAAUGUCCUCAGAUAUGUUGCAGUUUAAAAUGGUGUCUUGGGCUCUACUAUUUUGGCCGAUUUUGUGAAAACCUGGCAUUUGAUUUUUAUUAUCGAGUUUAUCUGGCCAUUGGGCAUUAUUGCACACCUGUAAAUGAUAUUGUACUCACAGGAAGAGCUGGCCUGUUUCACUUGGCUAUAUCUUUUAAAAAAUAAUAAUUUUCAACUGGUGUUUAAUAAUUGAUACACAAUAUUAUGCACAGGUCUUAACUAUUCAAUCUGAUAAGUUUUGACAAUUGUAUACACCUGUGUAACCACCGCCCCAAACAAGAUAGAGAACGUUUCCUUCAGCUCAGAAAGUUCCUCCAUGCCCUCUCUGGUCAAUCCCUCCCCGUCCCCAAGAAUGAACUACUUUCGGAUUUUUAUGGUCAUCCUAAGUUUUUUUUUAAGUUAGUUUUGCCUGGUUUAGAAUUUCGUACAAAGGGAAUCAUUUACAUGAACUCUUUUGUAUCUGGAUGUUUUCCUCGUAAUGUAAUGUUGAGAUUGUUCUGCUUAGCAAUGGUUCAUUCUUUUUUAUUGCUGAGUAAUAUUCCAUUGUCUGAAUAUACCACAAUCCAUUGAUCCAUUCUCUAAGUAGUUGUUGUUUGAGCAAGUGAAUGAGGGAUCUUGAUGAUCUGAUGGGCAUAGACCAUCCUGGGCACUUGGAGGACAGCAUCAGUGACAGCAGAGAAUGGUUCGUUUGGUUGUCAUCAUGGACCCUCAGGGCCUAGGGGUUACUGAUGGUAAAUGGUCCCAGAUUGACCUGGUAUUUUUAUUGCUUUCUUUUUCUCCAUUGCUGUAUGCUUUCUGCUCACAGUGUGCCUGCUUAUGACAUUUCUCUUUCUAAGUUUUGCCUUCUGUGUUGCAACAGAGCCCAGAUAGCCAAACAUCUUAGAAUCAUGUAAAAAAUAACAGCAGAUUUCGAGUACUGGUCUGAAGUGGGCUGUAUUACGAGGACUGUGAUAUUGAUUUGGACUGCUCUGAGGUCUUUUCUCCCCUUCAUAUUUCUAGUUCCUCAGCCAUUACUGGACUAUAUCUUAAUAAAUGUUUAUGCAAGCAUUAGUGUGUGAAGUUUUUUAUUUACAGUGUUAUAAAAGCAAUGUCUUUGUUAAUAGUGCACCUUCGCAUACAUGAUCGUAUCUGAUCCUAACAAUUAUGCUGUGAAGUAAAUGGAGGCUGGAGUUCCCCCCCCCCACAAUAUUUUAUUGAGCUUUAGGUAAAGGUU